UGUCGGGCGAGGCUUGGGCGAGGCUUCCAAUCAUGGCUUCGCUCGACGACAUGAACGCCAUUGCUGGCAACGCAUAUCGAGCAGGCAACCUGGAGGAGGCCAUCCGCCUCUACACACAUGCCAUUGAGGCUUACCCGGAGGAAAUCAAGCUCUACACCAAUCGUGCACUGUGUAACCUCAAGACAGGGCGGAUGGGCAAGUGCGUUGACGAUUGCGAGACGGCGAUCUCGCUCGCGCCGGACGCGCCGACGCUCAAGAGCGUGUAUUUGAAGGGCAAGGCCAUUGCACUGGGCGGAUGGAGCGUGCGUGACGGACCAUCGAGCGUGAGCCGCGAGUCAAUAGACUCGGGUCUGGCAGUGGACAUAUCCAAGGCCGACGCGCUGCCGCUGCUGCGGCAUGCGAUGAAGAUGGCGUUCAGCCUGUCGUCCGGUGCCUCCCAGUGGGUCAGCCAGAUCUCCGAGCUUGGGAUAUCACUGCGGAUCGAGCUCUGGCGCGAGCAAGAAGAGGCGCGCCGUGCGGAGGCCCAGCCACUGACUGGACAUGCACGGAGACUGUUCCAGGCCGACAUGCGCGAGCAAGUCAGCAACGUUGAGAGUCUGCGCAACGCCGGCGCGCUCGACGACGCCGAGGCCGAGGCCCAGGUCGCCGAAAUCCGCCGCGUGUACAGCAACAAGAUGAGCGACAUUGCGGUGGCGCUUACCGGCGGUGAGCUCACCAUGCAGCCAGUUGACAUUCCUGAAGCGCUCUGCUGCCCCAUCUCGUUCGAGCUCAUGGUCGACCCGGUCGUGCUUCCGUCAGGCGUCACCUAUGCGCGCGCCUCGAUCGACGAGCUUCUCGCCCUGGGCGGGAGCCAGGACCCGAUGACCCGCGAGCCUAUUUCGGCGGCGUCGAUCACACCCAACUUGCGGUCCGUCACCUUGUCGACUGGUUUGUCGAUACCUUCCCGUGGGCGAGCGAGCUCGGCGGCUGAGACCUCCCGGAGCGUUUACGUGUGCGGGUGGUAGACACCGUUGUGGCACUCGGGCGGCUCAGGCGUGGCCAUGAUGAUGGCGAUGUCGCCGGCGCGCAUGACGCCGUUGAGAUAAAC